CAGAUAAUCAAGGACAUCUGACAUCUGACAUUGACAUGUAGGUAGGUAUUUUAUUGAAAAACAGCUUCGUUUCGUUUGUAUUGAUUUUUCUCAUAUCUUCUUAUUCGCUCUUAGAACUAAAACUAACAAAAAAGAUUAGCAGGUUUUUAAAUUCAUUCCAGUUCAAUUUCUUCUAAGGAUGAGCCCAGUCGAGAGUGUACCAGUUGCUGUAUUGAAUUGCAUUGAUGACUAUGUGGAAUUACUUUAUGAUGAUAUACCAGAAAAAAUUAAGGGAUCUGCUUUGAUACUGCAACUUGCUAGAAAUCCUGAUAAUUUGAUAGAGCUAGCUCGAAAUGAGGCAUUACUAAGCGCUCUUUCAAGAGUUCUUAGAGAAGAAUGGAAAAGGAGCAUUGAACUCAGCACAAAUAUAGUCUACACUUUCUUUUGUUUCUCAACAUAUAAUGAAUUUCAUCCAGUUAUUAUUCAAUAUAAAAUUGGUUCUUUAUGUAUGGAUGUUAUUGACUAUGAGCUAAAAAGAUAUGAUCAAUGGAAAGAGAAAGUUGAAGGAAAAAAACAAGUUGUUACACCAGAUAAGAGUGAACUACCAAAAAGUCGCAUUCCAGAACCAAAACGUCGUCCAAAAUCAGGCACUUGGGCUGUGGCUGAUGUAAAUAUGCAGAAAUCUAGAUCUCUAGUAUCUAGUUACCAUGAAGACCUUUGCAGUGCCUCUGAUGAAUUCUUAUCAAAGAGCGACGAAGAACAAAUGAAGCGCAAAUUAAAAACACUGUCAAAACGCCAAGAGCAGUUGUUAAGAGUAGCUUUCUACAUGUUACUGAACAUAGCAGAUAAUGUUAAAGUUGAAGAAAAAAUGCACAAGAAAGAUAUUGUCGGACUACUUAUUGGCGCCAUGGAGCGACAUUCGAACAUAGAUCUCCUUAUUCUUAUAGUGUCAUUUCUACAAAAACUUUCUAUUUUUGUUGAAAAUAAGACAAGUAUGGCCUCUAGAGGAAUUGUCGAAAAAUUGGCACCAUUGUUGGAUUCAUCUAAUGCUGAUUUAGUUAAUGUCACCUUAAAACUCUUGUUCAAUUUAACCUUUGAUACUAAAUUACGUAACAAAAUGAUAAAACUAGGCCUACUCCCAAAAUUCAUACAGUUUACAAGUGACGACAAACAUAUUAAUUUGGCAAUGAAAAUUCUAUACCACUUGAGUAUGGAUGAUAGAGUAAAAUUAAUGUUUACACAAUCAGACUGUGUGAAACUGCUGACAGACAUGUUGCUGCUGAACGUGAACGGAGAGAGCGGCAACAGCAGCGGCGGCGCGAGCGGCGCGGGCAGCGCGGGCACCACGGACGUGUUGCUGGCGCUGUGCAUCAACCUCGCCUGGUGCGAGCGCGCCGCCAACCAGAUGGCCGCCGAGGGCCGUUUGCGAGACCUGCUCGCACGCGCCUUCCGACAUCGCAAUGCCAUGCUCAUGAAACUUGUGCGAAACUUAUCUCAUCACACUCAGAAUAAAGGCCUAUUUGUUGAGUUUGUUGGCGACAUUGCAGGAGCCGUCACCAACAGCGAUGCCAGUGAAGAUUUCAUCAUCGAAUGUUUAGGAACUCUGAAUAAUAUUCUGAACACUAACAACAAUAUUGAUAUUUACGCAGUCGUCGAACGAUACAAUUUAAUCCCUCGCAUUAUGAAAAUUUUGGAUCCAGAUAUAGACAGACACCAUGUUAGUGAAAUGCAGCCGGAGGCUAUAGAGCGGUGUGUGGCAGAGAACGCGGCGGACGCGGAGCUGGUGGUGGAGGGCGUGGUGGCGGCGGGCGCGCUGAGCGCGGACGAGCGCGCGGCGGCGGCGCUGCUGCGCGCGGGCGCGGCGCAGGCGCUGGUGGCGCUGCUGCGCCUGCGCCAGGCCGACGACGACCACGUGCUGCAGACCGUGUUCGCCUUCCGCCAGCUGCUCUCCCAUCCGCGCGCCGCCGACUACCUCGUCUCGCGUACAGAAGCUCCAGCGUAUCUUAUUGAUCUGAUGCAAGAUAAGAAUGCGGAGAUAAGGAAAAUGUGCGACAAUUGCCUUGACAUCAUUUCUCAGAUGCAAAAUGAAUGGGCAGUCAGAAUAAAGGUGGAAAGAUUCCGUUGCCACAACGGUCAGUGGCUGUCCGUUGUUGAGACACUUGGCGCUGAAGGUGGCACCGGGGAUGCGGCUGACGACUUGCCACCAUAUUUGUCUGCCGAGUACCUAACCACACAUCGUCUUACUACUUCAGAUUCCCAAACAUCGUUAAAUGAUGAUUCUGACAGCUUUUCUGGUGAAGUUAGUCUAGAUCGCGUCAACAGCAGGAAUAAUCUGGACGAUCGAGCAGACGAUUUUUAUGGUGGAACCGACACGUCGUCAUUAGUGAAGUCUACAGAGAAAGAUGCGUUUUCAAAGGAUGUUGAUAUACUUGCUUAGUGUGCAUGUCACUGAUGUAUUAUUAUUCUUAUUUAAAUCAGUAAAAUAUACCUAGAUAUUAAUUUUAAAAAA